UCACUGACGUCAUUAUUUGAUCUCGUAUUCUUCCGUGUUCCCAGUUGAUUUGAACGCGGCAUCAGUUAGAGAUGGCGUCCCUUUUGCAGCCUGACAGGGUUCUCUACCUAGUUCAUGGAGAGAAAAAGAUCCGAUCACCGUUGUCGACACUUUAUUUUUGUCGGUAUUGCAGUGAAUUGCGUUCCCUAGAAUGUGUGUCUCACGAGGUGGACUCACAUUACUGUCCGAGCUGCCUGGAGAAUAUGCCUUCAGCAGAGGCAAAGCUGAAGAAGAACAGGUGUGCCAACUGCUUCGACUGCCCAUGCUGCAUGCACACCCUGUCCACCCGGGCAACCAACAUCCCAGCCCCUCUUCCUGACGACCCCAGCAAGACGACCAUGAAGAAGGCCUACUACCUGGCCUGUGGCUUCUGUCGCUGGACAUCCAGAGAUGUGGGCAUGGCUGACAAGUCUGUGGCCAGUGGAGGAUGGCAGGAGCCGGACAACCCUCAUACUCAACGGAUCAAUAAACUGAUAGAGUAUUACCAGCAGCUGGCCCAGAGGGAGAAACUGGAGAGGGACAGGAAGAAGCUGGCCAGGAGACGACCCUAUAUGCCACUGGCCUUCUCGCAACACACUAUUCAUGUGGUGGAGAAGUAUGGUCUGGGUACCAGACUACAGAGACAGAGACCUGGAGCUCCUAUCACCAGUCUGGCUGGUCUUUCUCUGAAGGAAGGUGAAGACCAGAAGGAGAUAAACAUAGAACCAGCUCAGGCUUUAGAUGAAGUGGAGCCACUGCCUGAAGACUGCUACACCAGACCCAUCAACCUACCUGAGGUGACAUCCUUGCGUCAGCGGCUGCUCCAGCCUGACUUCCAGCCAGCCGGAGCCUCUCAGCUCCACCCCAAACACAAACACCUGUUGAUCAAGCGCUCUCUGCGAUGCAGGAAAUGUGAGCACAAUCUGAGCAAGCCAGAAUUCAACCCAACCUCAAUCAAGUUCAAAAUCCAGUUGGUGGCUGUGAGUUACAUCCCUGAGGUCAGAAUAAUGUCCAUUCCAAACCUGCGCUUCCAGAAGGAGUGCCAGGUGCUGCUCACCCUGACCAACCCCGUGGAGAAUAUUACCCACGUCACCCUGGUGGGCUGUGAGGAAGGAGACCCAGAGGACAUCAACAGCACUGCUAAGGUGAUGGUUCCUACCAAGGAGUUGGUCCUGGCAGGGAAGGAUGCUGCAGCAGAUUACGAUGAGUUAGCCGAGCCACAGGACUUCCAGGACGACCCAGAUGUGGUGGCCUUCAGGAAAUCCAAUAAGAUCGGUUUCUUCAUCAAGGUGGUCCCUCAGCGCGAGGAGGACGGGGAUGUGACGGUGUCCUUUAAGAUCCGCCACGACUUCCGCAACUUGGCGGCUCCCAUAAGGCCGAGCGAGGAGGGCGACGCCCCCACCGAGGCCAUCUGGCUCACACACCACGUAGAGCUCAGCCUGGGGCCGAUCAUAGCGUGAAGAGCUUACACACACACACACACACCGAAUACAUAUCUUUUACACACACACACACACACACACACACACACACAUUGUACAUGCAUUGGAUCACAUAUCUCUCUCUCACACACUUCUCUGCACCCCCAAGCAGUUCCAGAGACCCUUUCCUGCUUCACGCUUCAAUUUAAGCAUUAUCUUCAUCAUCCUCCUCUAAGAAUGAAGAGUAUUUACCUGCAUGCUAUGCCAGGCUACAUCUACCUACUAAUAAAUGUCUCUUAGAUGAUGUCA